AUGUCACUUGCAAAUACAUUGUAUAAUUUUGGGUUAGUAGGAGGUGAAGUUGAAAAAGAAGUAUUUAAACAAAAGUGUAUUGAACUAGUUUCGCUUUUUAUUUUAUCUUUAAGAUGUUACCCUCAAACAAGAGAAUGCGAUGAAGAAAUGGCUGUUCUUUAUAUGCUAGCCUGCCUAAACUACAAGAUUCAAGAUCUUUUUGAUGAUGAGUUCAUGAAAAGAUUAUCAGAAUGAAGAUUUGGAGAUUUUAAAAUAAUGUUUUACAGAGAAUCAGUAGUAUUAACAGUUUACCAACUUAGUAAAGGUGAAACUCCCGUUUUUUUGGAAGCUGAAUUAAAAGGGAGAAAUUCUAUUGAUUUAAAAACUUAUGUAGAUUCUUAUGGCAAUAGCUUUCCCUCUGACAAUAAUUUUCUUUAA